AUGGCCGUCUUCAUGAUAAACAUCUGUAAAUUUAAUGGCUGUGGUAUCACAUUUCCAAGAUUAGCUGAUUUAAUUGAACACAUCGAAGACGUGCACAUUGAUUACGACCCCGCAGUCAUUGAGCAAAAAGAAGCAUCCCAACCGGCAUGUAUUCCUCUGAGUUACGUGUUGAGAUUUUUCACGGAAGCCUCCCGGCGGGAAUUUCAAAGUCUGCCUCCUGCUGCUGAUGUCAGACGUCGAUUACUAUCUGCUCCAAAAACUCCUUCAGUUCGUAGUAGCACACCGACAGGGAGCGAAGUCGACGAUGACGAACUGAUGAGUCCAUCCGAAGAUAGCAAUGACUCGUGGACGACAGUCGAAGAGUACAGCUCCGAAUUUAUUCUGCGCUAUGGAGUCAAGAUGAACGCUAGCGCCACCUCCGGAGCCCUGGGGCCCGCCGCCCAGGAGAAGCCCUUCGCCUGUCCAGUCCCCGGCUGCAAGAAGCGCUACAAGAACGUGAACGGUAUCAAAUACCACUCGAAGAAUGGUCACAAGAAGGAUGGCAAGGUAAAAAAGGCGUACAAGUGCCAAUGCGGCAAAAGCUACAAAACGGCGCAAGGCCUUAAGAGCCACUCGAUCUCGCAGCACAUCGCCACCGGCCAGGCCUCCACCUCCGCCGCCCCCCCUACGCCUCCCACACCCCCCACGCCCCCACCACAGGAGCCCGGCCGCCUGCACGCCCCCAAAAUGCCCGGUCUGGUCGUCACCGCCUCCCCCGCCCACAGCCGCCCCCUCAACAUAAUCGACGGCCUCGACGCGAACAAGCUCGUCCGCAUCUACGACAGCAUCAAAACUAAGGACCUACCCUCCUUCACCAUCCCCAAGCACGGCCUGACCAGCUUGAACCUGGUCAACCAGAGCGUGAGGCACCCGGUGUUGCUUACUCCUACAUCGAGUCCGGUCGACAGGUCAAAGUACGACCGCAACCCGAAGGUGACCGUCAACCCCCAACCGGCCGCCACCGCAGCGCCCCCAUACAACCUC